ACCAGGAUGAAAAAUUGCUGCAGCGUGCCGAGCGUAGAUCAGAUCCAGGGGCGAGCUGGAGCGAAGUUGUUUGCACAUACAGAGCCAGGGAUGAUCCUGCUCGCUCCGGGGACGGCUCUGGCUGCAGCCCAGUGAUGUGACAACGGCGAAACCCACUGCAGCAGCUCCUGGGACUAGUAUAUAAAAAAAUCCUGCUGCCACUCCUGCUGGAGCGCGUUACUAAGGAUAGCUAAGAAGGGGCGGGAGGGGUGGACAGAGUCUUGCAACGACGCCGCUGCUCAGACCUUCCUUCCACAUGUCCCUCAGAGGCAGGAGCGGUGCCGAGGUGCAUGAGCGCAAAAGGCAGCCCGCAGACACACCGAAGGCGAUCUGAGCUGGUUCACUACGCCGGGGGGAAACCUGCACUCAGCCAGCGGAGAGUGGCUCCGCUUGUCUCUCUGAGUACCCAUCGCCUGUUGCAGCUCGUAACACUGAAACGUGCGGAAGCUUCUGUUUCUUGGUAACUUUUUCCGGUUUUGGGAUUUUAAGACCGACCUGGCGUGCCUCAAAAUCACUCUCUCCCCCUCCCCGUCCUUGAGCGCAGAAGAAGCAGGGUUGAACCAAACCUCGGGACUUUGUGGGGGCACAGUUGCCCCACAAUAUAAAAACUCUUCAAAAAGACUCCAACCUGCCUCAUGUCCCGGAGAAUAAGUCACCCUGGACAACUUUAGCUGGGAGCAAAAUUCAAACCUUCAUCCAAGUUUCUAAUCAGUUCCAUUAGAAGACUUCACUCCUUUUAGUAUUCUACCAAACUCGGAAUCCCGUCCAGUUUAACUUUGUACCUGAGGCGGGGACUGGAGUGUGGACAAUGCUGACUGCUGAACUCCCGCUGAUUCUGUUCCCUUGCCUGCUGAAUCGCUACAUUACAAUGUCUCUGUUAUUUAUAUUUCAGCUUUCUCAGGGCGAACUCCAGAAGUCAGGCGGGGAGUCUUUGUUUGAGACGGAGACUGCCAACUGUCAUGAGAUCUGCUCGUGUCGACCUCCCCCGUUGCCCCCGCCGCCACCGCCCCCUCCUCCGCCCAGGCAAUCGAGGUCUCCAAUUGUAAAACCAACAGAUCAUCCCUCAUUAAAGCCCUGGUGGACGGACAUGGUCAUUUUAAUUGCAGUUGGUUGUGCAACGCUUGCUUUCCUGGUGGUAGCUGUUAUUAUCUGCUACAAAGCAAUAAAAAGGAAGCCCAUGCGGAAGGAACAGAACGGGACAAAUCGAGCUGAAUAUGCAAUGACUUCCCAAAACAACAAAAUGCCGGACAGAAAUAGUGUACUCAUUUAACUUCAUAAAUGAAGUACUACCACAAAGUUGUUUCAAGACAGGAGACUGCAUAGUUUGAAAUGCAUAUUACGUGUGUGUAAAGUCUCCUGAGGACAAGGAUAAGGACCUCAUUUCAAACAAAAGUGAACACACAUAUUCAGAGCAGAGAAGCAGACUUCCCUUCAGCCCCUUUGACUGUGAGGUGAGAACAAAGCUGCCAAUCAAACUAAGAGACAAGACCUCACAAAAGGCAUAAUUGCUGUUUGUAGUCUCCAUUGAAAGCAACAAUAUCAAGGUGUUUCAGUAUCCAGGUGAAUCUCGACUAGUUCUUUCAAAUAUUCUAUAAACUCCAAAAUAAAUGCUAUUCAGUUGGAACCAGAAGCACGACUUGGUAUCUCCAGAAUAAAACAGAUCACUAUGAAAAGGAGAAGAUCACUUUACAAAGAGCAUGGCCAUCCAUCACACCAAGCACAUUUGCAGUCUGAUUGACUAUGCAAUCCCCUUCACGAAGACAUCUCAUCUAAAUGUACUGUUCCUUUCAGAAAACAUAGCCAGUCAGGUUUUUUGAAUGACUUUUCAAACAGGUGCUUUCUUAUUCUUUGUUGGCAUAUCAUGAUUUAAUUGAUAAGGCCUUUUCUACACUGGCAAGUCUGAAGUUGUUUUAAAUCACAAAGUUUUAUCAAAAGUUACAAAAUUUAUAAAAUAUAAAGUAUUUUUCCCCUCAAAACCAGGUCAUGUUGUUUAUACUUCAUCAGAUCAGAAAUGUUUAUUUUCUAUAAUCAUAAAUAACUGCAGAAAUAAACCAUAUCGCCUCUCAGGCUUCCUCUCACUCCCCCUACCCCAUUCAAUUAAAUCAUUGGCCGAUCCUCUCAGGUUUAAUUUACUGCCAGAUCUCUGUGCAUUUUAGUGUCCAGAGACCUCAAAGUCUUUGUCUUGGAUAUACUCAAUAACCAAGCAUGGGAGAAGCCUGGUGGUAGACAAAUCCCAAAGAUUCACCAUAUCCUUAAUAAAGAAAGCUCCCCUCAGUCCAAAUUCGCUGACUACUUACCCUGAAGCUAUUCCCUCUAGUUCUAAACUCUCUAGCCAGAGGAAGCAGACUCUCAGUACCCAUUUGCCAAUUCUUCAUGGAACCUUGUCUUUU